AUGGAUCUGCGUAUGAAUCUAUUCCCCGAUGAGCACGGCAGACCAGAAGGUGAAAUGGAUAUGAUCAAAACGCGGGAUGAAACCAAGAGGGUCACAAUUGCGGAGGAAGUGUUGGAGCUCGGUUCAUCAGAGGCUUCUUCUCCGGUUAUCAAGAAGUUUGGAGUUUCAAGCCCUUCAAGCACAAAUGCCGACAUGGACGAAGGAACAAUUGCGAUAGCCAAGAUAGAGAGAAGGCUGAAGAAGAAUAUCCCAAACGACGAGCGCAAGAAGCUCGAAGCUGAGAAAGAGUCACUUCUUUCCCGUAGGAACCGUGGGACAGCUCCUGGAGAAACUCCGAACAUGCCAGCGAGGUCGGGACAGGUUAGGAGGAAAGUGGGGAAUGUUGCGAUGCAUGUGGAGGAAAGUCAGGAAGGGAAGAAGGACAAGCGGUCGAAGGCAGCAGCAGCACCUCCUGCUCAUCCCAAGACGAUGGCGCGAAUGAAGGAUUGGAAGCGAGAGAUCGAAAGACGGAUGAUCGAGCAAGAACAGAUAGACUCGUCCACGACCAAAGAGGACUCGGACUGGUUGAAAGCUGUUGACGGGCCUGUCUCUCAAGUUGUGGAUUUCUUCAAUGAGUUUGUUGAUGGCAUGAAACAAGCCAUCGGGAUGUCUGAACGCCCGCAAGAGACUCAACAGUCUCCGCCCCGAGCUCUUCCCGAGCAGACCUUCAGCCGGCGGCUAUGA